CUCGCGGGAGACCGCGGGAGACCGUGGGCCGGGAGUUACUUCAGGACAGCGGGAGGUGCCUGGGGCCUGGCCUGGGGUUAAGCGGCUUUUCCUGCAGCGGAGCGUCAGGUAAGAGUAGGCGGCGGGGCCAGAGACGCCCGCGGCAGCUCCAGAGAGUCGCCUUCCGGGAGGACAGCGGGUGAGUGGGAGAACAUGAGGUCCAACCCCGUCAUCCAAGCGGCCAUCGACCUCACGGCGGGGGCCUGCGGCGGCACCGUGUGCGUCCUGACCGGGCAGCCCUUCGACACAAUGAAAGUGAAGAUGCAGACCUUCCCGGGCCUGUACAAGGGCUUCGCCGACUGCUGCCUGAAGACGUACUCCCAAGUAGGCCUGCGCGGCUUCUACAAGGGGACCGGCCCGGCGCUGAUCGCCUACGUCGCCGAGAACUCCGUCCUCUUCAUGUGCUACGGCUUCUGCCAACAGUUUGUGAGGAAAGUGGUGGGGCUGGACAAGCACGCAAAGCUGAGUGAUCUGCAGACUGCAACCGCCGGCUCCAUGGCGUCGGCGUUCGCUGCGCUGGCCCUGUGUCCCACCGAGCUUGUGAAGUGCCGACUACAGACCAUGUACGAAAUGGAAGUGUCAGGGAAGGUAGCCAAAAGCCGCUACACAGUUUGGUCCGUGGUGAAGGGCAUCCUUAGGAAGGAUGGCCCCUGGGGCUUCUACCACGGACUCACCGGCACUCUCCUUCAAGAAGUACCAGGCUAUUUCUUCUUCUUCGGUGGCUAUGAACUGAGCCGAUCGUUUUUUGCCUCAGGGAGAUCAAAAGAUGAACUCGGUCCUGUCCCUUUGAUGUUAAGUGGUGGAAUGGCUGGGAUUUGCCUUUGGCUUGUCAUAUUCCCAGUGGAUUGUAUCAAAUCCAGAAUUCAGGUUCUUUCCAUGUCUGGAAAACAGGCAGGAUUUAUUGGAACUUUUUUAAGUGUUGUGGAAAGUGAGGGGAUAGCAGCCUUAUAUUCUGGACUGUCAGCUACUCUGAUUCGAGCGUUCCCUGCCAAUGGGUCACUGGUUUUGGCUUAUGAAUACAGCAGGAGAACGAUGAUGAGCCAGUUCGAAGCAUACUGAAGCAUGCUUCCAAAUACACAUCUUUGAGGACUAUAGUUUAUCUCAAGGUUUCAUGGAGUACUCGACUAAUGUAGAAUUAUUUUUUUACUUCAUGGGAAUUUUGUUGUCUUCUACCCUAAAUCUUAAACUUUAUGGAAGAACAUUUAUUUUUCAUGUACAAUUUCUGCCCAUCACUGUACUGAAAUAGAAAAGUUGCUGCUUUUGUGUUUUGUAGGAUAUGCAGAGUGAGCAGGUGGCCCUAUCUACCUAAUCUGAAAGGCUAAAUAAGGUUAUGACAGCUUUUGUAUAAACCUGUACAUAGAUACAGUUUGGUUGGUUAGGUGUUAGUGAAACACAGUUUGGAUCUGUUUAAUUUCGUGUCACCAAAAGAACCGAGUUAGCUAUGUUUCAUGAAGAUGGUUAAUGAUUGCUUAACUUAUUGAAGAUGUAGUUUCUAUUUAAAACUGUGCUCUGUGCUAAGCAAUUAAAGUUUUUUAAAAGUUUUUAAAAAGUUUUUGUGUGGUAAUUGAAAACCAAAAUACCCAUCUAGAUUUUUAAGAAGAGAAACAUGGCUGUGUCUUCCAUAUUCUUGAGUUUCAGAGUUGGCAUCCUGGAUUUUUCUGAGAUGCUCUUAAAAUACUGCUAUCCACUUUCAAAGUGGGGUCAUAUUCCACACUUCUCUCCCAAAAAGCUUCCCCUCUGUGGGGCUUUAGGUUGAGGAAGGGGUUGAGGGGAAGGUUCUGUGCUGUUAUACUUUGAUGAAGACCCUUGUAGCUAACAACAGUUCUUUGCUUUUAGUUUCAGAGUCCUGGUCUGGGUAGGAUUCCAGGGUGUUCUCCAGGGAGUUGUUGAUCCACUUUGGAUUAUUUCCACAGCCAUAAACCCUUCCAGGGAACAGAGAAAAGCUUUUAUUCCCUAUUCGGUGUUCAAGUCACAAUAUUCAUGGGUGAAGUCCUCUCCUCUCAGGCAGAACUAGACAGAAUUUAGUGCUUAUGCUCCACAGUGAGGAAUGGUAAGGCUAAACCAUCCUGAAGUGUACCUUGAGGUUAUGGUUAUACAGUAUUGGAAUCCUUUAAAUUUUGUACUGACCAUCAGUAAAAUUUAAUAAUAACUGUAUGUGGAGUGUGACUUUAUAAAGCAAUGAGAUGUAAGAAAAACAAUUUUAUUAAACUAUACCAUAUGUAUGUACAUACGCACAAACAAAAAAAAACGUAGUUCAUCUGAUCCCACAAACUGCCACCACUAAAAUAAGCCCCAUCAUCCCUUGCUGCUCUGAGGCCAGCAGAGUCUUCAAUUAAAAGUCUUAAGCAGCCUGUAAAGCUAAAAGCAAACAGGCUAUUAGUCUUUUUUAAAAAAUACUUUGUAGUUCUUUUUCUU